CUUUCGAUUUAGAAGGUUGCAAACUACAAAUUGUGCCCGAGGCUAUGCUUCAAUGAUGAUUAAGUCCAUUAAGCACCAAGUUGAGCGGAUUUCUUCCGGGUCCAUUUUUCACAGACUCCAAAGGGGUACCAUCACAUAUUUCGCGUGAUUUUCCCGAAAUGCCAUUUACUUUCGAUUUUGAAGGCUACAUAUCACGGAUUCAGCCCAAGGCUAUUCUCCACAAAUAAUGAAGUCUAUUGAUACUAUUCUCAACCGACGAUUAAGUCUGAAGCACCAAUUUGGGUGAAUUCGACUUCGAAUUGCAUAUUCAUAAUUUUUUGGGCGAUUUUUUUCAAAAAGACAUUCGACCUAAGUCCAUUAGGCAUUAAGCACCGAUUUGGGGCGGAUUUCUUCCGGGUUCAUUUUUGGCAUACUCCAAAGGUGUAGGUGUACCAUCACAGAUUUCGGGUGAUUUUCCCAAAAUUUCAUUUUCUUUCUAUUUUGAAGGAUACAAAUCACGGAUUCACUCUGAGGCCAUUUUCAACGAUAAUGAAGUCUAAUAAUCCUAUUAUACACCGAUGAUUAUGUCCAUUAAGCACCUCUUUGGGCGAUUUCAUUUUCUGAUGGCAUUUUCUUAAUUUUUUGAGAGAUUUUUUCGAAAUGCUUUUUUUCUUGGAUUUUCAAGGCUACAGAUCACGGAUUUACCCAGAGGCUAUACUUCAACGAAGAUUAAUUUCAUUAAGCACCGAUUUAAACGGAUUUCUUCCUGGGUCAUUUUUGGAAGACUCCGAAGGGGUGAUCACAGAUAUCAGGCAAUUUUCUCGAAAUGUCAUUUUCUUUCGAUUUUCAUGGCUAAAAAUCACGGAUUUAGCCUGAGGCUAUCUUCACCGAUAAUGAAGUCUAUUAAUCCAAUUCUCCACCGAUUAUUAAGUCCAUUAAGUCUCGAUUUGGGCGAAUUCAUUUUCAGAUGUUAUUUUCAUAAUUUUUUGUGUGAUUUUUUCCAAAAGGCCAUUUUCCUUUGAUUUGAAGGCUACACAUCACGGAUUUGGCCUGAUGCUAUUCUUCAAUGAUGACUAAGUCCCUUAAGCACCAACUUGGGCGGAUUUAUUCAAGCUCCAUUUUUUGCAUACUCCCAUCAUAGUUUCAGGCAAUUUUCUCGAAAUGCCAUUUUUUUGGUUUUGAAGGCUACAGAUCACAAAUUCAGUCUGAGGCUAAUCUUCACCGGCAGUAAAGUCUAUUGAUCCUAUUCUCCACUGAUCGUUAAGUCCAUUAAGCACUAGUUUGAGUGAAUUCGUUUUCGGAUGGCAUGUUCUUAAAUUUUUGGCAAGUUUUUUUAAAGGCCAUUUUCCUUGGAUUUUGAAGUCUACAAAUCACUAAUUCGGCCUGAGGCUAUUCUUCGACGAUGAUUAUGCGUAUUAAACACCAAUUUGGGCGAAUUUUUUCCGGGUCCAUUUUUGGUAGACUCCUAAGAGGUACCAACCAUCAUAGAUUUUGCAAGAUUUUCCCGAAAAGCCAUUUUCUUUCAAUUUUGAAUGUUACACAUCACGGAUUCAACCCUAGGAUGAUGAAGAAUGCUGAGCCCCAUACAGUGACGUUUACAACAAGUUAAAGCAAAGUGAUGUGCACCGUUUUGGCUAUUAGCAUCACUUAUGUUUUUACUGUACAGUUUUACACGUGUAUAACUUUAAUAGAAUUAAUUUGUUUGUUAGUUAUAGUUACCAUUCAAAUAUAAUUUAUUGAUCCUAUUCUCCACCGAUGAUUAAGUCCAUUAAGCACGUGUUUGGGCGAAUUCAUUUUCAGAUGGCAUUUUCGUAACUUUUUGUGCACUUUUUGACGAAAGGCCUUGUUCCUUGGAUUUUAAAGGCUACAGAUUGCGGAUUCGGCUAGAGACUAUUAUUCAGCGAUGAUUAAGUUCAUGAAGCACCGAUUUAGGCGGAUUUAUUUUACGUCCAUUUUUGGCAGACUCCAAAGGAGUAAAUUCACAGAUUUCAGGCGAUUUCCCGAAACGCAAUUUUCUUUGAAUUUUGAUGGCUACCCAACGAAUUCAGCCCGAGUCUAUUCUCCACCGAUAAUGAAGUCUAUUGAUCCUAUUUUCCUCCGAUGAUUAAGUUCAUUACUCACUGAUUUGGGCAAAUUCAUUUUCGGAUGAUAUUUUCGUAAUUUUUGGGCAAUUUUUUCGAAAAGCCAUUUUCCUUGAAUUUUGAAGGUUACAGAUCAUUAGGGAUGGCAAUUACCCACCCAUGGGUAAUUAUACCCAAACCCAAGUAGACCCAUUAAUAAUGGGUUGGGUAUGGGUGGAGUGCACAUGGGUUUGGGGGUUUGUAGAUGAGUUUGGGUAAGGUAUGCAUAUUGCUUCCAUAAUCUAAAUGGGUAUGGGUUGGAUAUGAAUAUCCAUUUACUUGAGGGUGUUUUAACUACACAUGCAAAAAAUUGGACCUAUUUGUAAAACUUGAAAAUUUUAGGUACCAAAAUGUAGCACCAAAAAAAUUUAGGUACCAAAACGUAAUUUUCCAUCGAUAUUUUGAGGACUUAUAUGCAAAAAAAAUUAGGUACUAAAUAUGCAUAUCUAUUAAGUUUAGGUACCAAACUGUAAUUUGUAUUUGGGCAUGGGUACAAACCCAAAUCCAUUUGUUAUAAACCCAACCCAAAGUAAAUGGGUAUGGGUACAAACCCAUCAAACUCUACCCAUAUCCAUCUAUUUGGAUUUCAUACCCAACCCAAUUGGGUUGGAUAGUAAAAAAUCAAUGGGUAUGGGCAAAAUUGCCAUCCCUACAGAUCACGGAUUCGGCCUAAGGAUAUUCUUUAACGACGAUUAAGUCCAUUAAGUACCGAUUUAGCCCGAUUUCUUCCUGGUCCAUUUUUGGCAGACUCCAAAGAGAUACCAUCACAUAUUUCGUGUCAUUUUCCUGAAAUGCCAUUUUCUUUCAAUUUUAAAGGCUACAAAUCAUGGAUUUGGCCCAAGGAUAUUCUCCAGCGAUAAUGAAGUCUAUGGAUCCUAUUCUCCACCGAUGAUUAAGUCCAUUAAGCACCGAUUUGGGCGAAGUCGUUUUUGGAUGUUAUUUUCGUAAUUUUCUCGGCAAUUUUUUCUAAAUGCCAUUUUUCUUGGAUUUUGAAAUCUACAGAUCAGGGAUUCCGUCUUUGGCUAUUCUUCAACGAUAAUUAUAUCUAUUAAGCACCGACUUGGGCGGAUUUAUUCUUGGUUCAUUUUUUGCUUACUCCAAAGGGGUACCAUCACAGAUUUAUGGCAAUUUUCCCGAAGUACCAUAAUCUAUUGAUCCUAUUCUCCACUGAUGAUUAAGUCCAUUAAGCACUGAUUUGGGCGAAUUCAUUUUCGGAUGACAUUUUUCGUAAUUUUUUGGGCAAUUUUUUAAAGGCCAUUUUCCUUGGAUUUUGUACGCUACAAAUCACGGAUUCGGCCUGAGGCUAUUCUUCGACGAUGAUUAAGUCAUUAAACAUAGAUUUGUGCGGAUUUAUUCCGGGUCCAUUUUUUGGUAGACUCCAAAGGGUUACCAUAACAGAUUUUGGGCGAUUUUCCCGAAAUGCCAUUUUCCUUCGAUUUGGAAGGCUACAGAUCACAGAUUCAGCUCGAGGCUAUUCUCAAAUGAUAAUGAAGUCUAUUGAUCCUAUUCUCCUCCGAUGAUUUAGUGUAUUAAGCACCGAUUUGGGCGAAUUCAUUUUUGGAUGGCAUUUUCGUAAUUUUUUGGGCGAUUUAUUUCGAAAGGUCAUUUUCCUUGGAUUUUGAAUGCUAUAGAUCAUGGAUUCGGCCUGAGGCUAUUCUUCAACGAUGAUUAAGUCCAUUAAGCACCGAUUAGGGCAGAUUUCUUCUAGGUCCAUUUUUUACAAACUCCAAAGGGGUACCAACACAGAUUUCAGGCGAUUUUCUCAAAAUGCCAUUUUUUCAAUUUUGAAGGCUACAGAACAUGGAUUUAGCCCGAGUCUAUUCUCCACCGAUAAUGAAGUCUAUUGAUCCCAAUUUUCACCUAUUAUUAAGUCCAUUAAGCAUCGAUUUGGGCGAAUUCUUUUUCGGAUAGUUUUUUUGUAAUUUUUUGUGCAUUUUUUUCAAAAGGCCAUUUGCUUGAAUUUUGAAGGCUAAAGAUCACAGAUUCAUCUUAAGGAUAUUCUUCAACGAUGAUUAAGUUCAUUAAGAUUUCAGGCGAUUUUCAAAAGGCGGAAUCCUUUCGGGUCCAUUCUUGACAGACUCCAAAGGGGUACCAUUACAAGAUUUCAGACGAUUUUCCCGUAAUGCUAUUUUCUUUCGAUUUUGAAGGUUACAGAUCAAGGAUUCAGCCCAAGUCUAUUCUCUACCGAUAAUGAAGUCUAUUGAUCCUAUUCUCCACCUGAUGAUGAAGUCCAUUAAGCACCGAUUUGGGCGAACUCGUUUUCGUAUGACAUUUUCGUAAUUUCUUGGGCAAUUUUUUUUGAAAGACCAUUUCCCUUGGAUUUUGAAUUCUCAUGUAUUCGGCCUAUGGCUAUUUUUCAACGAUGACCAAGUCCAUUAAACACCGAUUUGGGUGGAUUUCUUCCGGGUGCAUGUUUGGGAGACUCCAAAGAGGUAGCAUCACAUAUCUCUCAUCAAAAUCAAUAGCCGCCGCAGCCUGCCCGACAGCCCACGACUCAUAGCCAACACACUAUAUUUUAUCCCAAAAAGCUUUUUUACUGCCUAGAUUCUCUCCCUUGAGGUCGAGCCGAACUCGGUCAAGCAAGCUCUCGCUGACCCAUGUUGGAACUCGGUUAUGUGAGUGGAGUACACUGCUCUAUUGUCUAAUUACACAUGGACUCGCGUGCCAUGUCCACUCCAUCAACAUAUUGUCUGGUGUCGUUGGAUUUUUUGCAUCCAACGCAAACUGGAAGGGUCCAUUAAUUGGUUCAAAAGCCCUCCUAGUUGCCAAGGGAUUCACCCUCGCCCUGACAUCAACUUUCAUGAUACAUACAGUCCGACCCUCAAACUAGUCACUAUUUGCACACUGUGCUCUAUUGCUCUACCUAACCAUUGGCCUAUUUUUCAGUUCGAUGUGAAUAAUGCUUUUCUACAAGGUUCUCUCUAGGAAACCGUCUACAUGGCCCAGCCGCCUCCACGUCCCGACCCAUCUUAAUCAUGUACGUUGUCUCUCUCGGCCGAUUUAUGGACUUUGUCAAGCCCCACAAUCCUGGUAUAUGGAGUUGUCUAGUUUUCUUGAUCAAAAAGGUUUUAUGAUGUCCAAUUCUGAUGCCUCUGUAUUUGUCUACCACAAGGGCUCUGUGACUCUCUACUUCUUUGUCUAUGUCGACGAUCUUCUCUUAACGGGCAACCAUGUGCCCUCUAUCUCUCAGUUUCAAGCAAGGGUAUCUGCUCUCUUCUUGCUCAAAAGACUUGGUGAUGUCAUCUACUUCCUUGGUAUUGAAGUCCUCCCCACCACUAAUGGAUAUCUACUCUCUUGACACAAGUAUGUGCUUGAUAUCCUUGUGAGGUUUGCAUGUCUGAUACUCGCCUGACACCUACGCCGUUGUCUUCCACCGCCAAGCUCACCCUCGUGAACCGCACUCCACCAACUGAUCUUACCUUAUACUAGCAGGCGGUUGGCUCUCUCCAAUAAUUGCUCGGCACCUGCCCCGAUUUUUCUUUCUUGGUAAACAAGCUUUCACAGUUCAUGCAUGCUCCCACCCAGCUUCAUUGCAACAUGUCAAGCGCCUCUUCGGCUAUUUGAAAAGCACCUCCACUCAUGGUCGUCUAGGACUAACCUCUGCUCCAACACCUACGUCACCGCAUUUGGUGACUCUGAUUGGGCUGGUGAUCCUGAUUCGGGCACUCGCACAUGCCACCUCCAAAAUUAUAUGGAUUACGAAAUCUGUUCAGUGAGCUCCAUCAACCACUCUCCUCCACGUCGGCUCUGCACUGUGAAAAUCUUGUGUCUGUCCACUUCUCUGUUAAUCCAAUAGAUCACUCUCGCAUGAAACAUCUAAUUCUCGACUACCUCUUUGUACGUGACGUCGUCCGAUCGAAGAAUCUUUACGUUCAACAUAUUCCCACAAUCCAUCAACUCGCGGACUUCUUGACUAAGCCACUGCCGAUCACACGCUUCCAGCUCCGCCAGUUCAAGAUUGGUGUAGUUCCCGCCACCAUCUUGCAGGGGCGUAAUUAGAGAUCUUCUUAAUUUAAAUCAUUUGUAUAUAAUUAAUGUAAUUAGUUUAGUUAGUGGCUCAAUGGCUGCUAUCUUGUAACUACGUUUUUGUUGAAGAGUUGGUACUUAAACCACUCUCCUAAUUAAUGCAAACUACCACAUUCAAUCAAUCACAUUUUCACCUAUUUUCAAGGCUAUCCAUCAUAUAUUUUGACUGAUUUUUCGAAAUGUUAUUUUUCACGGAUUUUGACUACUAUUCAUCACAGAUUUUGACCGAUUCUUUUGAAUGCUAUUAUUCAUUGAUUUUAAAAGUUGUCCAUCACAUAUUUGGGGCGAUUCUUUUGAAGGCUUAUUCAUAACAGGUUUUGGCCACUUUUUUUAAUGUUAUUUUUGUUUGAAAGCUAUCCAUCACAAAUUUUGGUCGAUUCUUUUGAAUGGUAUUUCUCAACGAUUAUGAAGUCUAUCCAUCAUAGAUUUGCGACAAUUCUUUGGAAUGCUAUUAUUCACCGAUUUUGAAGGCUAUCCAUCAAAGAUUUUGGCCGAUUCUUUUGAAUGCUAUUAAUCACUGAUUUUGAAGGCUAUCCAUCACAGAUUUUUUUUUUAUGAUUUUAAGUAAUGCUAUUAUUCACCCAUUUAGAAAAGCUAUCUGUCAUAUAUUUUUUUCCGAUUUUUUGAAUGCUAUUACUCACCAAUUUUGUAUGUUAUCCAUCACAGAUUUUGGCCGAUUCUUUUGAAUGCUAUUAUUCACCGAUUUUGAAGGAAAUCCAUCACAGAUUUUGGCUGCUUUUCGUGAAUGUUAUUUUUCACCGGUUUUGAAUGUUGUCCACAACAGAUUUAUGUUGAUUCUUUUGAAUGCUAUUAUUCACCGAUUUUGAAGGAUAUAAAUAACAAAUUUCGGC